AUAAAAUGACGUCAGUGCCGCCAGUAAAGACCAAAGGAACGAACGAAGUUCAAAAUUUGGAUGAAAAGUAUGGAGAAAAGUCAAAUAAAAGAUUAACAGUACUUGAAACACAUGGUUAUGCUAUUGGAAACGUAAUCGGCGUGGGUUCUUAUGCGACAGUCAAAGUUGCAAUAUCAGAACGACACAAUAGUCAGGUAGCGAUAAAAAUAAUUUCGAAGUUUCAAGCACCAAGUGAUUAUUUAAAAAAAUUUUUACCUCGUGAAAUUGAGGUUGUUAAGGGAUUAAAACAUCCAAAUUUAAUUCGCUUUUUACAAGCUAUCGAAACGACACAUCGGGUAUAUAUAAUUAUGGAGUAUGCACAGAAUGGUAGUUUACUUGACAUUAUAAGACGCGAUACUUAUAUCGACGAAGGUCGCAGUCGUCGAUGGUUUCGUCAACUUCUUGAUGCCGUUGAUUAUUGUCAUGAAAAGGGUGUAGUUCAUAGGGAUAUAAAGUGUGAGAAUUUAUUAAUGGAUAAUAAUUUGAAUAUUAAAUUAUCUGAUUUUGGUUUUGCACGUGGUCAUAUGAAACCAAAAAAUGGAACAUUACCUCUUAGCGAAACUUUUUGCGGUAGUUACGCAUAUGCAUCACCGGAAAUAUUGAAGGGUAUACCUUAUCGACCACAGUUAUCAGAUAUAUGGUCUAUGGGCGUAGUACUUUUUGCCAUGGUUUAUGGACGACUUCCUUUUGACGAUACAAAAUAUACUCUUCUUUUAAAGCAAGUACAAAACAAGAUUACAUUUCCUAAAGAACCAGAUGUAUCUGAAGCUUGUCAAUCCCUCAUUAGUCGUAUACUUGUAGCACAACGCCAUCGUUUACUUAUUAAUAACAUUAGAAAAGACAUAUGGUUAACUAUGGCCAGUGUAGCUAUGCAAACAUCUGCUAUAAAUGAAAAUGAUUCAUCAAUGGCAAUUGAACGAACAGAGUCUAAAGAAAAUCAUACAGAACAUAUGAAAACUAAGAACGAUAAAGAUUUACUUAAAAUCCAAGACGCGGAAAAUACCAAGAAUAUUAAUACUAAUACUUCUAAAUAUGAUGUCAAUAUUCAAUUGCAAAAUGCUUUAAUGAAUGAUUGUUAUAAUCAAGGACAAAAUCGAAAUUAGUAUUUUGUAUAAUAAAGUUAUUUUUACAUAAUGAAAAAAUAGAAAUUAUUGAUCAUAUGAUAGAAUGUUAAAAUAACAUCGUAAUUUUUUUUUUUUUUUUUUUUUUAUUCAUUUUUAGUUAGUAUCUACAAUAAUACUACUUUUACAUAUAAUAUUAUUGACAAUAUUACUUAUACUCAGCGCUCUUUUAUGUCUAUAUUUAUUUUGAAAAUUCACAAAAAUGCAUCACCUUUUAACACAAACAAAUUAAAAGUCUCUGUUCAUAAUAUUUUAUUUCUAAAUUACAUGAAAGAUCUAUAUUUUGCUAGCACAAGUAAAAUCAUUGUACCGAUUAUAAAUACACCAGGUGCUGUUACUUUAUGCAUGUAUUUAACAUCAUCUGUAAAUUGAUAUUUGUAUAUAUAUAUAUAUAUAUAAUAUAUAUAUUAUUUGUUACUUAUAAUACAAUAGAAAUAUAUAUAAUAUAAACAUCUUUUAUUUUUUACCAUCUAUAUCAGUAAUUGUAUUCCAUCCUAAACUUC